AGACCUUUAAAUUUAAAAAAAAACAACCCAUAUGUGAAAACUGUAAUGCAGUUAAAUCACAAAAAGUGCAAUUUUCGUUAUGUGUACGAGCGCCCCAUACUUCUAAAUCAUAGUAUCAAUGGUAUAUGCCACAACUAGAUGUUUUGCCCUGUGUGUUAUAUAGGGCAGGAUAGAUGACUUCGGGUCUAAUAGCAGAAACUGAAAGGAAGCCAAAAAACUUUUUUUGGGGGGGAGGGGAGUAAAGCUACUUUUCAGAUAUUACUGAAAAUUAAAAUGUUUAAAAAUGUUCUUUUAGCAUCAUGUUAAACUAAAAAAAAAAUGGCAACAGAACAGUGAUCCUUAUACAAAUCCCUUGGCUCAACUUCACCCACAGAGUAUGUUUAGUUAGGCAGCAAAAAUCUGAGCUCAUGAUAUGAAUUCAAGGCAAACUCCAUUUGUUCUUAGGAUCCUCUUCAAUCAUUUUUGUUUCUCUUCUCUCUGUCACCCAUAUCACUGUAAUAAUGUUUCUGCCUAAGGAAAACUAGCUGCAACUUUCUCCACAUCAUUGUUGCUGCGCUAGUCAGAUUGGUAGGUGGCCCUUUGACUGAGAUGAGCAUACUACCUCCACAUUUUAAGCUCAGUCUGUACUCAGUGUAGUUCAUUUAGUGUUUUUUCCUUUAUUGUUUCAAGAGCUACUUACUGAAAUUAGGCUCUGCAGGAAUCUAAGACAAUUAUUUUUUGUUUGGUUGGUAUCAAAACAGUCACAAAAAAACCCUGAUCAUCUUCCUGGAAUUUAUUUAUUUACAAAUGAUUACGGGAAGCUAAACUCCACCUCCCCUAGUAUAGGAGAAAUUGACAGUCACAAUUGAGAAAUCUUUUCACUGAGGCUCAAUUUUGAGGAAUUCAUCUUAAUUUUAAUUUAACAUGCACACAGAUCUAUUCAGGACUAGUCUGAUGAAAAGAGCUACAGGUGUAACAUUUCUAAAAUGACAAAAGCUGGCUGAAUUGGGGAAGAUAUUGUGGAUAGGAGUUCAGAAACCUCUUGCUAUGCAAGCACAUAUCUGAGAGAGGUUUCUGUCCUACUUUGUGGGAAGUGUUGUUUGAAAAGCUGACAGGAUCUCUGUGGUUUUGAGCUGAUGGGCCUCACACAGAGUAUGAAAAGCAUCCACUGAAUCUAAUUUCCUGUGGAGGUGAAAAUUAGGAGUUACAAUGUGGUGGCCACAACGCUGCCAUUUUUCAGGCAAACAAAGAAUUCUGCUGAAUCUUGUUAGGCUAAAAGAUUAAAAGGACUUUUCUCUGAAAAGGCAAAUGUCUUAUUGAAUUAGCCAGACUUAAAAAAAGAUGUUGAUUACAGAGGUUUACUUUUGACAUUUUUUAUUUGCUGGAUAAAUUCCCAGCAUUAGCAGAUGCUCAAGCAGAGCUGUGAUGUAUAUAUUAAAUCAUACUUAAUUUUCUAAUGAGAUGCAAGAUUCUAGCCAUUCAUAACCUGGUUUUCUUCAUGUAAGUAACAAGCUUGUAAGCAUCUAGGUUAUUCAGGGAUAGCUCUUCCAGAAUACCAGCUAUUGUGCACACUGUUACUCUGGAAUAAAAAAACUUUUUCACCUGAAUGAGCUGUAUCCAUUUUGAAUGUUGAUUAAGCUAGAUUUGAAAAGAUGCUUUGUAUUUAAAAUAAAUAAAUAAAUAAAAAAUUAUCUCAAUAGGAGUUAUUCUGGAGUAGUAGUUCCAUAUUAAAUGUAUACACAACUUUAGGCUGAAAUAACUUUCCUGUGUAGACAAGCCUUUUGAAAAAUGUUUCCUAUUUAAAAUCAGCUCUAUGUAACUAAUUACGCUUACUCAUUUUCUACUUGAACUGAGAGGUGAAGGCCAUUUUUUCAUUUAAAUGAUUUUUCUGCAUUGCAGAGCGCACGAUGGCACAUAGACCUUCAGCCUUGGGCAAGUCCUACUCCUUCCCUGACAUAUGAAGCCUUGAGGUUCCUGAAGUAUAUUAGCACUUCUCAGACUGGGAAGUGAUGAUAACCAGUUUGAGAUCAGCAUGGCCAGCAGCAGAUGUGAGGUGCAUCGUUUUGAUCCUAGUAUCAAAUCAGCACACAUUCAGGAGGGACAACAUCUCUGGUACCAUCGUCUGUCCAUUGACUGGAGAGAUCCUAACCCCGUGAUUGCUGCUCAUAGACUGCGCAGCAAUACAAAAAAGCUUGGUACAAUCUUAAAUGAAUUUGGACACCAGAAGAUUGAUAUCCUUAAGGCAGAUAUGGAGAGUGCUGAGUGGAAAAUUUUGGAAAACCUGAUCCUGGAAGAUAUUGUUGAACAGAUAGGACAGCUGGUCUUUGAAGUCCACAUUCAUUGGCCUGGAUUUGAGGUUAGCGGCAACGACAGCACCGUGGUUCGAUACUGGUACAGCCUCCUCAAAGAAUUAGAACUGAAGGACUUCAGGCUCUUCCACACUUACAAAGACUUGUCUAAGCCACAGAUGUUUCUGAAAAAGGAAGCCUUCAAUGCAAGUAGCUCUUAUAUACUAAGCUGGGUAAACACAAGAUGGAAAUAGCAGACAGGAAUUUAUUACAUGCAAUUCUGAUUCAUUCUGCUUAGUAGUAUUAUUGAAGAUGACAUUAGAGCAACUGGUUAGUUACUUAACUUGCGUACACCAGCUCUACUAACAAAAUGAACUUGUUCUGUUCCUCAGCAAAAAAUGGAACAAAAGUUAGAUGCUGUACUAAAGGAUGAAAAAUCUUUUGUAUGGCAUCUCACCAUAGGUUGCACUGUUAGAUACGAGGGAGAGGUAUUUUCUAAUGGUUUGUUUGAAAUGGUUAACAGAAUUAAUUUAUGAGUCUGCUCACAUGGCUGAGAGUUAAUUCCUGCCUUCCCAAAGCACAUUAGGGAGAGAGAAUCCCUGCUGGGUAGUGAAAAUUCCUCUUCAAGCAUUGUCUCAGCAAUUAAUAUAACAAAUGGCAACACAUGCUGCUUAAAAACUUUUCAUGGAUGAACAGAAGUUACUUGUGGUGGCAUUCCCUUAAGUGAUUGUAUUUUUUAAACAGUACAAAGUCAGUCAAAAGUACAGCAAUGGUUGUGAAGGCUGUUUUUUCUUGCAGAAAGCUAUUAUUUAAAAGGGACUGCAACUGGAAACUAAGUCAGUGUGAGCAUGGAAAUAUAGAUUUAAAAAAUGCUACACCUGCCUGUGGAUGUAACUAUAUUCCCCCUUCACCCCUGCUUAUACUCUUUGGCCCAAGUCCAUCUUCUGCACUACUACGACCAAGUCUAAAUCAGCCAACCAGCCUUUCUGGUCUCUCAGGAGUGCAACCGCUGUGUGCUACGGACUUGGACAACACACAUUAAAAUGCCCAGGGAAGUCACUCUACUCCCUUUCUCCUCCUCCUCUCUCCACCUCAGAUUACCAGAAGCACAACACAGGAAUGUACAUGUAUUUAUAGGUCUGGCCCAGGAUCUCCAAUACAAUACAUUUUCAGAAAAUCAAGGAUAGGAGAUGGUUAAAGCAUUUGUGUAAGGAUUUUUUUGACAUUAAACAUUGUAUUACUUCUUAACACAA